UUUCUUUCUGAUUUUCCUUUGGGCUCUAGGUUGCUGCAGCCACUGGCCACACAGUGGUGUUGGUGGACCAGACCGAGGACAUCCUGGCCAAGUCCAGAAAGGGGAUCGAGGACAGCCUGAGGAAGAUGGCAAAGAAGAAGUUUGCAGAAAACCCCAAGGCUGCUGACGAGUUCGUGGCCAAGACCCUGAGCAGCAUCACGACCAGCACAGACGCCGGGGCCGUGGUGCACAGCACUGACCUGGUGGUGGAGGCCAUCGUGGAGAACCUGAAGGUGAAGAGUGAGCUCUUCCAAAGGCUGGACAAGUUCACGGCUGAGCACACCAUCUUCGCCAGCAACACGUCGUCCCUGCAGAUCACCAGCAUCGCCAACGCCACCACGCGGCAGGACCGCUUCGCCGGCCUCCACUUCUUCAACCCAGUGCCAAUCAUGAAGCUGGUGGAGGUCAUCAAGACGCCCAUGACCAGCCAGAAGACGUUCGAGUCGCUGCUGGACUUCGCCAGAAAGCUGGGCAAGCACCCUGUGUCCUGCAAGGACACGCCCGGCUUCAUCGUGAACAGGCUGCUGGUGCCCUACCUCCUGGAGGCCAUCCGGCUGCAUGAGCGAGGUGACGCAUCCAAGGAGGACAUCGACAUGGCCAUGAAGCUGGGAGCCGGCUACCCCAUGGGUCCCUUUGAGCUUCUGGACUACGUGGGGCUGGACACCACCAAGUUCAUCAUAGAUGGGUGGCACGAGAUGGAUGUGGAGAACCCACUGUUCCAGCCCAGCUCUGCCCUGAACAAGCUGGUGGGGGAGAAGAAGUUGGGCAAGAAGUCCGGGGAAGGCUUCUAUAAGUACAAGUGACCUGGCCAGGCCGUGGGAGUGUGGGGACUCGGGCCAAGGCCCCCACAGCUAGUGGUCCCAGUCCCGUUCUGGGUCCCAUGCAUCCUGCAUCUCUGCUGUGUCUCUAGAGCUUCACACCUUAGUGCCUUGCGUGUGCUUCUGAGCCGCUCGCCUCUGUAAGCAAUGCCCCGCCCCCACGGGGUUGGGAGCCUGCUGUGUCCUGUCCCAGGCCCGUAGGCCUCGGGGACACCAGGGUGGGGAGGUGCCAGACCCCUUCCAGUCUCUUCCUGCUCUGUUCCUGGGAAACCAGUGCUGCACCUCCUGAUUCUGAUGGGACGAAUCUUUUAAUCCGCGAAUCUGAGUGGAAAUAAACACCUGCGAUUUGAAGUGGCAAGAGCUGAGGUAA